UUCAACCCCCACUUUUGUUUCUGCUCAUUAACGGUUCUAACUGUCCCCAGAUCCGCAGGUCAGUUUAUUUAACUCCAGCACGCCGGAAGAGCUCAUAAAGUUAAAAGGGGUUUGAGAAAGUUGGAAGAAAAAGCUGACCAUGUCCCAAAUAACAACAACCUGCUUUAUUGUGCUUCUGUUCUUCGGUUGUAUUACUGCGCAGAUUUCCCAUGAGAAAUUUUGGGAGACCGUGCGGGUCGGGAGAAACAAAAUCAUCAAGUGCAGCGUGGACUCCUCGAUGUCCCUCAGCAGCACUAUCGUCCACCUGUACAGACAGAGGCCGGGAGAAGCUAUCCUCCGCAUUAUGCACUUUCAAGCUGGGGCUAAAUCGGCUACCAACGAGGCUGGCAUUCCCAGCAGGUUCAACGGGAAGAUUCGGGAGCAGACGGUGUCUCUAACUAUCUCGAGCGCACAGAAACAGGACGAGGCCACUUACUACUGCGCUCUGUGGAAGGGCGAUGAGAAAGUCUUCGGCUCAGGGACAAGACUUUAUGUCACAGACUCUCCAGUAAAGUCUCUUAAGCUGUCAGCAUACCCCAUCUCUAAACCAAACAAUGGGAAGCGCACACUGCUGUGUCAGGCCAGGGGCAUGUUUCCAGACCUGGUGAGGUUCACGUGGAAGGAUGCAAGCGGCACGGAGGUGAAGCAGUCAGACACCUAUGACCUGCUGGAGCAGAAAGACGAGGGUCAGGAGCUCAAAGUGACCAGCAUGCUCAUCGUAGACCAGCAGAAAGCAAGUUCUACUUCAUAUACCUGCUCUGUCCAUCAUGAAAAUGAGCAGAGUGUCACCAUCCAAACAAAUAGCUCCGAUGAAGAGAAAAAAGUUGAGGUUGACCCAAGUCCUGGCCCUGCCCCAACCUGUGCACCCUCAGAAAACAAACAGCAAGACCUAGACGAUGAAGAUAAAGAACGUGACCAAGAGGAAAAAGAAGGUCCAGUGGUGCUGGUGCACAGACUGUACCUGUUCAGUCUUACGUAUCUGACACUGCUCGGUAAGAACGUGCUUUACUUCUGCGCUGUGUGUGUCAUACUGUACAAGAAGAGAGCCGGAAACAGCGAGACUGUCAGCAGAAAAUCUAGCCAACCGGAACAAGUGAACAAACCAAGAGCUUCAUAAACAAGAGCUAUACUGAUGUGUACAUUUGCCCUCGGUCAAAUGACAGAUUCUGUUGAAUUUCUAAGUGGAAAUAAAUUAAUUAAACUAAUAAUAUAGAGAGAAUACACUUCUACACAUUUUUAUUCAAUCACUGUUCAUUUGCUUAAAUGAACAACAUUUGCUUAAAAACAACAACAACAACAAAAAUGUGGCACAUGGAAAAGUUAUGGCACAUUUGUAUUCUGUGUUUUAUAAAGCCAUAUCUAAGUAUGUUCUGUAGAGGAGGUGUAACUGAUUUUCAACUUAUUUUGACCUCAAAACUUUUGCAUACAACUGAAUAUAUUUUCUUGUCUUUAUUGGGAAGUUUUAUCUAAGUUUGCCAGUUGAUUAGCCAGAGCUAGGACUUAUUUUAUGUAUUAUUUUAUUUUAUGUAUUAUUUUUUUCACAGUUUCUCUUACAUUUAAUAUAAAGCAUAUCACAACAGACUGGUGAAUAAUUUCUCUUCCCAUUUUUAUGUGUUGCAUUUAAAAAUCUUAUUUAUCAUAUUUCGCUGCUGCUUUGUCCUCUUAAAGACAUCUCUUAAGAUCCCAACGUUUUAGUACACACUUCUACAAAUUAACUUCAAAUUGGUCCGUUUGCAUUGAAGUCCCUGUAGCCACUGAAUAAUAAGCCUUAGUUUAUCAUAAGCCAGGGAUUUUAAGAGGAGACUCUGCAAUAGGUAAGAAGUCAGUGAUACUUAUUAAAAACAACACUCUUUGUCAGCUUUUGUGCAUCAAGAUUUAAUCACCACAUAUUUGACAUAGAAGAUAUUUUUGAUGUUGUUGCAAUUUCAGUCUCAAUAUUAUACAGCUUUUCAUUUAUUGUGGAAUGAUCUACAGCACUAUUCAUUAUACUGUAUAACUCCAAACUGUCUUGUUUAAAUGUUUUUAACAGGUAACUGCAAUAAAGAUCAGUAAGUAGCAACUUAAAAGGAGUAAUUGCAAAUUUUUGACUGGUAGUCUACACGAAAAGCCUUUCUUUUCUAUUUCAUUUUUGUUUUUAUUCUGUACGUUGAAUUCUGUAUACUUAUCUACAAGACACAGUUUGUACUUGCAGUAAAUUAAUAAAAUAAUUAAAACUCAA